AUGGCCACCACGAAGAAAGUGACCCAGCGGCUUAGCCGCGAUUCAUUCAAGCAAUGGAUCCAGGGCCUCGAUGCCUUCCUCUUCGACUGCGAUGGAGUGCUGUGGCGUGGGGCUGCCCCGAUCGAGGGCGCUGCCAACAUGAUCAGCCUUCUACGCUCGCUCAACAAGCGCGUCGUGUUUGUGACCAACAACGCCACCAACAGCCGUGCCACCUACGUAAAGAAACUCGCGUCGCAGGGCAUCACCGCUGUCGAGGGAGAUAUCGUCACCUCGGCGUGGGCUACGGUGCAGUACAUGAAGCAGCACAAGAUUGAGGGCAAGGUGUACAUCGUGGGUGAGGCCGGUCUCAAGACGGAGCUGGAGUUGGAGGGCUACCAGGUCAGCGGCACGGAGCACAGCGACAUCAAGGGCCUCCCACAUGUGCCGGAUAUCGACAUGGAGACGAAGGCAGUUGUCUGUGGCCUGGACAGAUACUUCUCGUACUACAAGAUGGCGUACGCUACGGCAUGUGUCCGUCAGAUCCCUGGCUGCCACUUUAUCGGCACUAACCCUGACUCGACUUACCCGACGGAUGGUGCCAUCAUCCCUGGCGGAGGCUCGCUAGUCAACAUGCUGGAGUGCGCUAUUGGCCACCCUCCGGAAGCCGUGUGCGGUAAGCCUUCGCAAGAUCUGCUGCGGACCAUUAUCGCCACUUACAAUCUCGAUCCCUCGCGCACGUGCAUGGUUGGUGACCGACUUUCGACGGACAUCGAGUUCGGCAACGCCGGUGGCCUCAACACUUUGCUGGUGUUGACUGGAAUUACGCACGAGUCGGAGCUGGGCAGCAUCGAAAACGCUCUUUACGUGCCUGACCACUAUGUUGACUCGGUUGACGUGAUCAACCAGCUCCACGCUGAGACGCUAGAGAAUUAA